AUGAGUGGGCCAACAGCUAAGAGCAAAAGAGGCCCUACGGUUCUCAUGACGGAUGCGCGAGAUGCGCCACCCCGAGGACCUCAAAGAACGCCCACAUCACAGAAACUACAGGGCAGCGCAAAGCUCAUCUCCGUCGACAACAUCCUGCAAUACGCCUCAGACAUUCCCUCGCAACAGCGCCGCGGCCCGCCUGGUCAUCGUCCUCUAAUGCACACACGCACGCCUAGCGGUCGGCAUCCGCUCGACCCCAAACUCUCUGGCCGGCUCAUCCCACAGCAUAUGCCUACUCGUUCGAGUAAAUUGAGCGAGAAGUUAGUCCUGCUUCCGGAGACGGAUGAAACAGACGAGGACGAGAAGGACGAAUUCGAUGAUGAAGACGGCCAUGAAGGUCCGCCGACCGACGAAGACCUUGCGAGACGAACGGCAAAGGGCGGACCCAAGGACAAGAGUUAUGCUGAGCGGCUACCAAAGGCCAAGCGGACGGACAAGCUCUCGCGGGUCACAGCAUACUGCACUGCGCAAGCCUACAAGAUGAAGAGCACCGCCGAGUUUGUCAAAGCCCAACACAAUGCUCGGACGAAGCUGUAUGACGACUGUCUCUAUACAGUCUACCACCUACCAUUGCUACCUGGAAGUGACGGCUAUCGUGUGCGUAGUAGCCCUGCGCUCAAAAGUCCUGGCGGCAAGACAGUCCUGGACGAAGAGAUUGAGCGCAAUGAGCAGCGUGAUCACCACGAAGGCUACUUUGGCGAUGAGGAAACCUACUACGUUCGUGACGACCACGAAUUAGAUACGCCCUACGACGGCCGCCAGGAUCGCAGAGACUCGCUCGAAGGUACCCGCAUCGCGCCCAACGCCCUCAGCUUUGGCGAGAUGUUCGUAUUCUCCUACGGCGUCGCCGUCUUCUGGAACUUUACGGAAAAGCAAGAAAAAGAUAUCCUUGCUGAUCUAACAUUUAGCUCCACAGCUACUGGUGUCACACUUGCAACGCGCCCGCUGACCGAGUCGGACUUUGAAACUGAGGAGUUUCACUUCGAGUACAAUCCUGAUAUCCCACGGCCGCGUGUGUACAAUGACAUGAUUACACUCAAGAGCGGAGAUCACAUGAUCAAACUUGCCAUGAGCCAUGCAAUCGCGCAGAGUACCAAGCUCAGUCUGUUUGAGGAAGGCAUGUCGCGCACCAUGCUCGCCGCUCAAUAUGUUCCCAAGCGUCUUGCCCUGACCGGGAAACUGGGCAUGGCACGUACAGAUGUUGUCAAGAUGAUUGGGCAGCUGUUCACAAGUCGUGUGGAUGUCAAUCUCUCAUCCAACAUGCUAGACACCCCCAACUUCUUCUGGGACUCUGAACCCACUCUCCACCCCCUCUACACCGCCGUCCGCGAAUAUCUUGAGAUCAAACCACGGAUCCAGGUCCUCAACGAACGCUGCCAAGUCUUUCUCGACCUGGGUGAAAUCCUCAGCGACAGCAUCUCCGAUCGCAAAAUGACUCGCAUCACCUGGAUUAUCAUCAUUCUCAUUGUGCUGAGUAUCUGUGUAACGUGUUUGGAGGUACUGCUGCGCUUUGCCAUUUUAAAUGCGCACAAGAACAAGGGGGGAGUGGUAGGUGGUGGGGACAUGGCGAUACUGGGAGCAAGCACGGUGGCGGGCAAGUUGGCGCGUAUUGGUCCGCCGAGUUAUGCAGGGCCGAGUCUUUUGGCGGCGAGGGGGUUGGUGUGGGUUGGGAGUGGGGUUAAGGGGCUAUUUAGCUAG